CCGGCUCCGCGGCGGCGCCCGCCCUUUCACCAGGCGGAGCGGGAGGAUGCGGCCCGGAGCGGAGCUCUGAGCGAUGGAAGGAGUCCUGUACAAGUGGACCAACUACCUGGCGGGUUGGCAGCCUCGGUGGUUUGUCUUAGACAAUGGGAUAUUGUCGUACUAUGAUUCACAGGAUGACGUUUGCAAAGGCAGCAAAGGAAGUAUAAAGAUGGCCGUGUGUGAAAUAAAAGUCCAUGCAACAGACAACACCAGAAUGGAGUUAAUCAUCCCAGGGGAACAGCAUUUCUAUAUGAAAGCAGUUAAUGCAGCUGAAAGGCAGAGGUGGCUGGUAGCACUGGGAAGUGCAAAGGCCUGUUUAACAGAUACUAGAACAAAAAAAGAAAAAGAAAUAAGUGAGACCAAUGAAUCUCUUAAAACCAAAAUGUCUGAACUUCGUCUGUACUGUGAUCUUCUGAUGCAGCAAGUUCAUACAAUACAAGAAUUUGUUCACCAUGAUGAGACUUGCUCUCCUCCCAGCAUUGAGAACAUGAAUGAAGCCUCUUCCUUGCUUAGUGCCACGUGUAAUACGUUUAUCACAACACUUGAAGAAUGCGUGAAGAUUGCUAAUGCCAAGUUUAAGCCAGAAAUGUUCCAGCUGCCUCAUCCCGAUCCCUUAGUUUCUCCUGUGUCGCCAUCACCUGUCCAAAUGAUGAAGCGUUCCAUUAGCCAUCCUGGUCCUUGUUAUUCGGAAAGGGAUAAUCACUCUGUGAAAGAACCAAUUUCCCUCCAUCGGUUAUCACAGCAACGCAGAAGAACAUACUCAGAUACAGAAUCUUACAGUGACACUCCCCUGGAAGAUUCUCAGAGAUCUGCUCACUGCCCUGGAAAUGCUGUAAAUGGGAAUCUGGUGUCAUCAACCAUUCCGGAAGAAAAUAGAUCGAUAUCAAAUGAAAGAUCUGACCUGGAAGGGAGUCUCUCAUCCUUUUCUUCCUGAAGAAGCUGAAAGUGUUUAAAUUUUCUAUAAAAAAUGCUAUGCAAAGGCUGCUGUAAUUAUAUUGUUAUUAUAGGAAGUAGUAAUUUCCCUUUUUAGAAGGAUUUCUCUGCACUUUAUAGAAUAACCUGAAAAAUAUCUUUGAAGUGUAUUUUAUCUUUAUAUAGUUUAUUUGCAAGAGUAUUUUCCUAAUAUUUCACAGUUUGAAUGUGCAUUUUUUUGGAACAAAUGAUGGUUUAAAAGAUAAACAUCUACAUUUGUAAAUGUUGCUCUUUAUAAAAAGUUUGAAGGUCUGACUGAUACAGUAGUAAACCUGCAGAUUAUAAACUUUAGCAAAGAGGUUUUGUUUUGUGUUUUCUUCUUUUUCCUUUUUGGAGAAAGUGCAGCUUGUGCCUGCUGAUCAUUUGUAUAAGCAGUCUGUCUGGAGCUUUGAUGGCCCUGCUGGGGCUUUUUUUUGCCUGAGUAAGGACUGUGGGACUGGGCAUUAACGGAUCUAUUCUAGCAGCAUGAUGGUAGUUGACAUUGCCUUCUUUAAAAACACAAGGGUAUAUAUAAUCUGGUCCUUGUUUUUAGCCAAUGAGAGUAGAAAUAUUUCAUGUAUUUUUCUAUUAAAAAAAAAAAGUAUACAAAUAACUUAAUAUGAAGCAUUUGUAUCAAGCAUUGGAUAUUUAAUAAUUGUAUUUAUUUAUUCUUCUUUUGCAUCAAAAUUUUUUUACCUACUUUCACUACUAAAGAUGCAAAAAUCUACUAAAGGUUUCAAAAUGGGCAUAAAUUGUUUCUGGUGUGUGUAGCAUCACAAGUAGCUAAUGCAGCACUUCUAAUAUAUAUUCUGCUCAUGUAAUACUUUGCUGAAAACACAUCUUGUAGAAGUAAGAGCUGAACUAUUAGACCAUGAAGCUGCUGUUGGUAUGGAUAGGUGUAUCUGUAUCUGGACAUAUUUUAUUUGUGACAUAUUUAUACAAAGGGAGCUUCUGUUUUGGUGAUUCCUUCAUGUCGUUUCAGGAUGGUGUACACCAGGAGAUGCAUUCUGCUCUCAUUUACAUCAGUGUAAAUCUGCGUUAACUGUAAGUGAGAUCAGAUUCUGAUACUCAGUAAUUCAUGAGUAGUAUAAUAUAGUAUAACAGUGCCUACUAGCACCUUAAUCCAUAAGGUUGCUAGCAUUAGCAUUGUAAGCUUUUGGCAUAGGGGGGAGGGUUGGUGUUCAUUUAAAGAUAAGCUUGGUUUAUGAAGUCUUAGCUGUAGAGCACUUUAAGCAAGCCAUUUACUGUUUUUCCUUUACACAAUUCCUAAAUAAAUGCACAGGGUUUUUUUGUACUUGAGCACAUACCAAAAUCUGUUUCUUAUAAUCAAAUCUUCUUUAAUUUGGUCUAAGUCGUCUUCCUCUGGUGUUUAUGAAUCAUUUGGUGGUAUUGAAGCAGUUUGGAAAAGACAGAUGGGGUUGGAUUUGAAGGUUUCAUUAUAAACUUCUGGAAUAUUGAUUCAUCUAAAUCAAAAUAGAUCCAAACAUAGAGAAAAAUCAUAAACUGUUGCUUGUGUAGGCUACCAGUCUUUAAACCAUUCUGUUGGUUGUCAGAGGGAACGGAAAGGCUCAUUUGAAUGAAGUUAUUAAUGGCUUCCAGCUCAGUGCUGUCAUUUGUGCUCAGUUCUGCCAGUUUUCAUGCACCUGUCAUUUGCAUAUCAGCCACACAUGCUUCUACUUUUUUUUUUCCUAAAUGUUUGCUUUUAUGUAUUGUGUGACACCUAAGGCAAUUGUAAAAGCAAGUAUUAAAAAAAACAGCGUUCAGAGAAGUAAAUGAUGUAUUUGGGUGUUCUGUUGAAUCAUAUAUAUUGGUUUAGAAAUGCCUACUGAAAUUUCACUCAAGUUUUUUCAAAUGUAAUGGUAAGUACAUAUAUAUGGUAAGUACAUGUCACUUUAAUGGGAGUCUGUUUCUGACUUUCAGCUCCUACAGAGAAAAUAAAUAGUCUGGACUCUGUGCAAACAUUUCCCUGACACUGAUCAGUACGUGUAGUUGUAAAUCAGUGUUUAAAAUACUGCUGAUAAAUAUUUUAGGUAUGAUUGGUUAGAUAAAAGUUGUAAUGUUUAGAUUCAAGUAUAAUGGCUCCCUGUAAUUAAUUACUUCAGAACUCUCUUGUUUUUUUUUCCAUGUGACUAAAGCGGGAACGAUAGAUAUCUUUUAGUAUAUGUGCAACAUAUUCUUGCUAAAGGUAAAUCAGCUUUUUUUUUUUUUUUUUUUUUUUUUUUUUUUUUUUUUUUUAAUAUACUUCUGCACUAUGGCUGAAAUCCUAAAGUGUGUUUAAGUAAGUGAAAUGAGUGAAGAUGAUAUACCAUAGUACUUUUGGCAUUAGGAGCUAAGAAGUCAUUCUGAAAAAUUGUACUAAGCUAGAACCAGAGUGGGCCAGGUGUGUAAGAUAUAUACUAAAUAUAUAUAUAUCUAUAUAUAUAUAAUAUAUAUAAAAUAUGAAAAAUAUAUAUAAUGAAAUUAUAAAAAAUAUUAUAUAAAAAUAUUAUAUAUUAUAUUUUUGCUUCCAGGUCCAGGGGAAAGCUAACUAGAAAUGCGUAAUUGUAUUAUUGCUCUUUUUUGUGGGGAAUGGGAGCUGACCUUCAUAACAAAAGUUACAUAAUUAGUGAAUUAAUACCUGAAUGGAGGAAGUAAAUAAUUUUGGACAUUCAUUCUUCAUUUUCUUAUUUUUAUUUAGAGAAUGCUUAGUCAUGAAAAUUGCUGUUGUUUUGGGAUGUUUUAUGAAAGUGACACUCAGUUUUAGUGUUAACUUCACUGUCUUGUGAACACAGGCUCAGCAGCAUGUCAUGUUAUGUAUUAAAACUGUACUCCAGCAAAUUCGGUAAGUACAUUAUUGAAAUCCUAUUUGAGGCAUAUGAGUUAGUCAUCUGCUUAAAGUUAGAUGUGCUUGCAGACAGAACUAACUUGCUUAUACUACCACAUGAACUGCUUGCAGCUUGAUAUAGUAAAAAUGUUUAGAUUCAGUAGAGACAAUUGAAGACUGAAUUUCCAGUAGCGAACUGAUCUCUUUUUUGAUCAGUUAUCAGAUAUUGAUCUCUUUUACUGCUGUCUCUAAGGGAAAGUACCACACAUUCAGAUUCUUUGUCAUUGUUUCUAAACGUGCCUAUUUCUAUCACUACCAACUGUCUUGAUCUUGUCAUGAUCCAAAACGUAGCUUUCUUUUGUAUUUUAACCUCCAUUUAUUAGCUAAAUGGUGGUUUAUUAGCUGAAAUUCAGGUCAUUUUGUCUCUGACUAUGUGAUUCCCUUGCAGUGCUGAGCUUGCUCCAUAGGUGAUUACAGGUGGGAGUCUAGCAGCAAUGUAGUCCUCUUAGUGCUGUACAACACUAAGCUAGCAUAGCCUACUGAGAAGCAAGGUAAGUUUUGCCAGUUGGUGAAUGAUGCUACUUAUUGUGUUUCUGGUAACCCACACAGGCUGAGCUAGCAUGGAUCUUGAAGGUGUUUAGCACCUCACUGUGUGCUGCACAAGCAAGGCCCUAGCCUUGAAGGCACAUCUAGGCAUGUUUUUUCCUUCAGGUGAGACUUGUUCUUUUCUUGCUCUUGCAGCUCAGAAAGCAAAUGAUAUCCUGGGCUCCAUCAGAAGAGAGGAAGCGAUUGUCCCUCUCUACUCUGCUCCUGUAAGGCACGAUCUGGAAUACUGUGUCCAGGUCUGAAGCUCCCAGUACAAAAAUGACAGAGAGCGACUGGAGAGGGUCCAGAGGAGCGUCACAAAGAUGAGCUGGAGGCUGGAGCACCUACCCUACAAAGACAGGCCGAGGGAGCUGGGCUCGUUCAGCCUGGAGAAAAGGCUGCUGCAGGGUGACCUCAUUGCAGCCUUUCAAUACCAAAAGGGAGCCUAGAAACAGGAGGGGAGUCAACUCUUUGAAAGGGUAAAUAAAACUAUUUCCUGUUGUCCUGCUGUUAAGUUGAAGGAGGCAAGAUUUAGGUUGGAUGUCGGGGAAGUUCUUUACUAUGAGAGUGGUGAGGUGCUAGAACAGGCUGCCCAGAGAGGUUGUGGAUGCCCCGUCCCUGGAUGUGGGGCCCUGGGCAGCCUGGUCUAGUAUUAAAUGGGGAGCUUGGUGGCCCUGCAUGUGGGAGGGGGGUUGGAGAUUCGUGAUCCUUGAGGUCCCUUCCAAUCUGGGCCAUUCUGUGAUUAACUUCACUGUGGUAUCAGCGUUCACUGUUCUAUGAGUAGUGCCCAGCUAGUUUAUAAUUGUUUCGAUUUUUUUUCCUAUGGAAAAAAGUGAACCCGCGAAGGGGUUUAAAUACUCAAAUUAAACCAAAACACCAAACAAACACAGACUUUAAGGUGCAGAAAGCAUGCUUUAUUUUAAAUGAACAAUUCUAUCUCAAGGAGGUUCAACAUCUAACAAUUAGAUUUCAUACUACAUUAGAAGAACUACAGCAAAUUGAAGUGCAGGGCAAUACCUGAUAUAACAACAGCUUGUUUUCAAACUGUGGUUCACUGCUUAGUUGCCUGUAAGUGACUACUAAGUGUCUAAUACUACUACACAAACUCAAUCACUGCACCCUACAAACCUCCAAGAGUUGGUACUGCUGCUGCACUUGAGUACCUAAAUGGCUUUGUUGAUUAUGGGGAUGGCCAGGUGAUGUUACUUUUUUAAAGCCAUUCAGGCAGUCAGUGUGUCAGAAGCAGCACCCAAACAGUGGGCGAACAAAGUGCUGGCCGCUUGCACUUUGUUCAGAAAUUGUCAGUCAGGUAUGGAAAUUAUGACAUAAUCAGAUCCAAUGUAAAACAUUAAAGUAAUACUUACAGGAGGGUAAAUGUAAAUAUCACUAGUGCCUUACAUUUCUGAUUCAACAUAAUUAUUUGUGCAUGUAUGAAAUACUAUGCACAGUAUCCUCUCUUGGUGGUAGGUAAUCUUCAACAGGGAGCACCUCUACCUGUUGAGGCAUUCUUAAACAUCAACAAUGAGUUGAGGCACAAAAAUUAGUUAAAUGUUGAGCAGGAUAGUCGUUUGCCAGGAAACUUUCUCCUACCAACUGUUAAUUCCAAAAGUUACAUUUCAAAAUGUCGUAAAACAAAUGGUACAAAACUUCAUAACCGUUAACUUCGGCUAUAUACAGUAUGUACAUGUCAGUGAAAAAAGUGUUUAAAAUUCUUAGGUCAAUAAUGACUAUAAGUCAUAACGUAUAUCUCUGGACUUUGUCUCAUUCAGGUAGGUACAAAAAUAUUUUUUUUUUAAUAUUU